UUUUUUGUGGGCAGCGUUGUCCUCGUAGAAUUCUUGCUCUAUCUGAGCUUCACCUCUGUCUUUCCUGACACCAUCCCAUUUUCGCGUUCCGAGUCUCCAUCCACCGUCUCUGUCGCUAUGGCAGCUGCCAAUUUGGCGGGUGGCGGUCAACCGGGUCUCGAAGCCGGACAGGGUUCCUUCGCGAACGAGUUUGUGCGCCGUUCUCUGUCACCGGAGUCGCCUGCAGGACCUGCACUGAGUCAGGCGGACGCCUCCACGGGCCUCUUGUGGCUUCUGGACUCAGCCACCUGUACUGGCAACCUACAGGGCUAUCUGCGUCUUGUAACCCAAAAGUAUCACGAGCACAAACAGCGCUACAGUGAUCGUGGUGUCCGCGUCCUGCGUCGACUGCACAGAUCUGGUGCCUUCUCCUUGAACCACUGGAAUACCACAGUUCCGGUGCAGUACCAUCCCGCCAUGUGGCUUUCUGGCUGCUUCGCUUCUGCCAGUCCUCGUUCUGCUAUCUCCCUUCUUCAACGUUCCAGUUUGUAA